GUUGCCUGGGUAACUCCUAUUCAAUUGACUGGAUGUAAGGUCAUUUCUUCACAGAAGACUUCCUUGGCUCUCAGACUGAAUCAAAUUCCCUUUUUCUAUACUUUCAUAGCACUCGCUAUUUCAUAGAAAUGAUUGUUCACUUAUAUGUACACAUUUGGUUGUACAAUUUGAUUAAUGUUUAUCUUGCCCACUACUCUAUUUAAUGAGGGCAAGGACUGUAUUUAUUAUUCUUACCAUUUCAUCCUCAAAUCCUGUUGCAGUACCUGGCACAUAGUAGGCACUUUCUAAAAGUCUGCUGAAUGAAUAAACAGAGGAAAUGAACAAAUGAAGGGCAGAGGUCAUAGUAACUUGCCCAGGGUCAAGAUGGCAAGACUGAGACUAUAGCCAGGUUUGCUAAUUUCCAGUCGAGAUCACCAGCCUUCUGAAUAAAUAUCUUGUCCUAAAUUUUGUUCUAAAUCAUUGGAACCAAAGCAACGUCACAACUCAAGUCCAAUUUCUCGGCCUACCAUUUUCUACAGAUGGCAUUUAUUCAGCAAGGGAAUGUUGUAGGUAUAGUAAUUUUUCUUUUUUCCAUGAAACGUGUUAUCUUCUUGCUCUAUUUUGAAGAGAUAUUAUGAUAAAUGAUGCCACUAUUUAAAACUUGUAGAGCUUCUUGAGAUUCUCAGAAAAAAGUACAAGGUAUAGGUCAAAAAGAGUAAUUUUGUCUCUCACAAAAUAAUUUUCUGUUCAAAAAAUGCUGUUAACUUGAAAAAGUCAUAUCUCCAAAAGAACAUUCUAAUAGGUGGGAUAAUCAUCAUCAUAUUUCCAGCUAUAAUCCGUCGUAUUUCCAGGUGUAUCCCUUCCCUUAAAAGUAAAAAAGGAGAAAAUCACUUUGCUGUGUGGAAGUGCUUUGUGUGUUUUAUAAAAUCCACAUAAAAUGUUCGUGGUUCAAGGAGUGGCUGCCGCAUUUCUAAGGCAAAUAAGCUUAUCCCUGAAGAAGCUUGAAGAUCUGACUCUCAAGAAUCUUUGUGUUCUGGAUGAAAAAGGAAUCAUUAUUUUUUAACUCCCCUGCUCAAGUCAGUGACUUCCACUGGCACCCAAUCCAUUGGUUAUAAGUACCCAUGAAUUGCCUUGCCAAUUAUAGGCAGGAUAACCUAGGAGGACCAACCAAAACCAAACUCCUGCUUCACUCCACCAUGACCAGAGCACCUCUCCUGCUACUAUGUGUUGCCCUGGUGCUGCUUGGGCAUGUGAAUGGAGCCACAGUAAGAAAUGAGGACAAAUGGAAGCCACUCAACAACCCCGGAAACAGAGAUCUGUUUUUCAGAAGGCUUCAGGCAUAUUUUAAGGGCAGAGGUCUUGAUCUUGGAACAUUUCCAAAUCCUUUCCCCACGAAUGAAAAUCCUAGACCUCUCUCUUUCCAGUCAGAACUUACUGCUUCUGCAUCUGCAGAUUAUGAAGAGCAGAAAAACUCCUUUCACAAUUAUCUCAAAGGCUGAAAGUUUCUUCUGAGCUCAGGUGUCUGGCUAUUUUAAAACUACAGAUGAAGCUUCUCAUUAGAAAAAUUCAACCAUUGUCAUAGCUAAACUUUCAAGGAGUUUCUUUCCCCCUCACUUUUAUUUUUCAGUUUGUAAUGAUUUUAUUCCACAUUUCCAUAUUUACAUAUAAAUCGCUGGAACUAUGAUUUCUAUGCAUAUUUAUGGAGUUUUUUCCUGUGAAACCAUAAAUAUUGAUGUAGAGCACCGCAUGUAUUUGUAGGAGUUACAAAAACAUCACAAACUGAAAAAAGAUUAUAAUCUAAAUUAGAUGUUUCUUUAAGCUUGUUUUUAAAACUUGUCUUUUAUGUUUAUUAUCUUUUAUCGACCAAUAUAUUUUUUUAAAGGGACAUGCUCACUUUUAGUAUAGUAAAAUUCAUUAUAUGUGAUAGAGGGUUGGGUUUAAAAUUUGUCUUCCUUUCCUAAAAAGAAGACGCAUUCCCAUGUUCAGCAUACACUACCAAAAUACUUCACAGUUUUAGUUUCAUAAGAAAUGAGGGCAAGUGAUAAACAGCCACAAUUAAGUUAAAAUGGAAGCAAACAACAACAACAAACAUGGGAUUCUAGAAGUUGUCAACGCCUCCAAAGAUGCUCUUUGCCAGAGGAUUCAGAGGUGGACAUUGUGCCACAUCAAAUAGUCUAGCAAUGCCCGAGCCCUUGCUCUCAUACACAACCUCCUCAGGAAGGAAAAGUAGAAACAGGUGAUUUCCUCUCUUUCCAACCAGCCCCUGCUCUCCUUACUCUAGCUCAUGCUGAGUUAUUCUGAUUCCCAUACUCACAUUUGGAAUAGCUGCUUUUCCUGUAUCUUUAUAGAUAGCUGCAUCAUCUUCUCUGUGAUUCCUGCAAAAGGAAUGUUGCACUAAAAUGCAACAUUGUCCUAACAUUAGUCUGUGCAUUUCAAAAUAUUUUAAUGUGGCUUUUUUGGGUGGAUUAUUGAUAUUGUAUAUGAAGAAUAAAAUAUUUGUGCAAGAACA